AUGUGCGAGGAGGAGACGACCUCCGAGCCGUCGUCCCCGCCGGUGGAGAGCACGGCCAAGGAGCACGACGCGGGCGCCGCUACGACCGUGAUCUCCGACUCCGAAUCUCCUCUAAUUCAACAGAGCCAUACACAUACAGAGUCCGCACCUUCUCCAGCUCCACAAGUGCAGCACCUGCUCGUAGCUGCAGCUUCAGCUCCGCAAGUGCAGCAGCAGCCGGAAGGUUUCCUGGAUAUUUGGGCAGACACCGCAGAUACAGGGUAUGCACAGAUGAAGAAGUUGCUGGGAGACGAAAAGUGCAAAUGGUACGUCGCGGUCGAUACGGAAUUUUGCAUGAAGGACGACGUAGUCGAUCCUUGGGGACCGCCCCAGUCUCCCGACGGUCACUAUGAGCAGACCCGAAGAAUCGUCGACGAAGGCGAUCUGGUUCAAGUGGGGUUUGCACUCGCCAAGUCCAGUUCCGGGCUCGAUCCAAACUCGUUCCGGGUGUUUCAGUUCAACAUGCUCUUUCAGUACACGGCAAGGAGCUCUACCAGCAAGAACGUAAGGUUUUUAAGAGAUACGGCGAAGUUAAACCUUGACGAUCAUGCGAGCAGGGGUAUCAACAUCAAGGAUUUCAUCAACGGCAUCAGAACCCUGGGCAUAUUGGAAAACAGGAACAUUACUUGGAUAACUUUCCAAGGGUAUUCAGAUUUUGGGUACCUAAUCAGGGCACUCCAAGAUAGCUCCGUUCUGGCACAUUCCCGAGCAGAGUUCGUCCGAUUGGCUAAGAGGUAUUUCCGAAGCAGUUACGAUCUAAAACUUCUUCUCAGUCUUGGAGUUCGCUGCCAGAAGCCCAGCCGAAGCGUGCCUGGGAGUGGCAGUCUGAAAGGUCUCGCUGCGAGUUUGGGGGUGAAGAGAAGCGGACAAGAGCACGGAUCAGGAUCUGACGCCCACCUUACUCUUGGCUGUUUCCGUCACUUGAUGCUGAGCGAUCGAGCAGCCUCAUCCGAGCUGCGAUGUUACAAAAACACCAUCUACGGGGUGGAAAAUCCCUUGCCUGGUACAAGUGGUGCGAAUGCAGAUGCAGACCAGGUAGAUGUUUGGGCGUCCAAUUUCGACACGGAGAUUAGGAUCAUCACCGGCUCCCUAGACGUGCAGGGCCUGUUGACAGUUGAGGUUGAGUUCACUAAUUCAACCAUCAAUCAUAUCAUGUCCUAUGCCGAAGUACGCACGGAGGCAUCCCGGUGCAAGGCAGACCUAGCCAUUGGUAUCUCUGACAACAACGGUCGCUUGGCCUAUGGACGAGUUUGGACCUUCCAUGUGGAAGCACAGCAAGGUGCAGAAGAUGAGCAAGGGAGAGUCGGAGUUACAGCAACAAUGUUAGCAGGGCUGCUUACCAACAUGAGAUCUCUCCAGAACCCCAACGUGAUUUGGCUGUCGUCAACCAGAAUGUGCUUUCUAUACUUGAUUAGUCUUCUGACGAGGUGCCUUCCCCUGGAGGAGCAUUGCUUCUUCGGACUUUGGAAUUGCUUCUUCCCCAACUGGCGCCUGAUCGAGCACGGGUCUCCGGAGCAAGACCCAGGGCGGAGGGCCAUCAUCACCCUGCAGCGGUGCUUCCAACCUUACAGUUCACAUGAAUUUCGGUUCUCUUAG